AUGAGAAUUGCAGAAUUUAAGAAAUCAAUAACAGUACUUAGGUUUAAUAAUAUCACUCUAACAAAUAACAAUAAUGAUCUAAAUUCAAAAAUGUCAGAAAAAGAUGCUGCAAAUGAUAAAUUAAGAAAAGAAACAAUUGAAUAUCAAAAUCUUUAUUCAACGCUAGUAGCUAAAUAUAAUGAUUUAGUUCAAGAAUAUAAUAACUCAAAAGAAAAGCUACUGUCACAAAUAGCUAUAAAUGAAGGAUUAUAUGAAAAACAAAAUAAUCAUUAUGUCAGUCAGUUGAACAGAUUAAAAAAACAUAAUUCAGAAUUACAACUUCAACAUGAUCAUUUUUCUGAAUUGCAAGAUAAAAUUCAGAGUUAUAUUACAAAUUUAAGAACUAGUACUGCAGAGCUUGAUUAUAACAAUAUAGAUAAUCUUUUAAUAAAAUAUAAUUAUGUAACUGGAACCAAAGAAAUACAAAGGAACAAACCAUUGGUUAAGGCUUUAUUGCAAAGAGCAGUUUUUGACAAAUUGAUUGAAUUAUUGAAAGAUUUUGGAAGUGAUACUUAUCAAUACAAAUCUCGGGACUUGGAUAUGAUUUAUAUGAAUUGGCAAACAAAUUAUAUGAUUAUUCAUUUGAAUCUGAUCCAUAUGAAUGGAGAAGCAAUUGUUUUUGAUCUUUUGUAUACAGUAGGAUACAAUGAUAAUAAUGACAAUAAAGAACAUGGAUUUAUUAAAUUUAAUAAACAAUUGCUUGAUCAACAUAUAAGUCAAUAUAGAAAAAUUAUAGAUCAACGAAAACAAACUGAACUUGCUACAUUAUCAGGUGAAAUUAUAAGAGAUUUUGUAAAAAUAUUUCAUUUCACACUUUUGGAAGAUUUAGAUGAUCUUGAAAUUUGUUGGAUUCUUAAUGGAUCAGCAAUUGAUUCAGAAUUUAUGGAGGGUCAAUGGGAUUACAACAACAUUGAUAAUUAUGUGAUAGAAAUUUGUAGGUUUCCAUUAAUUAGAUCUUCUAAGAAAAUAUAUUCACUUGCAAAAGUAUUUGCUGACAAACUUGAUAAUUCCAAUGCAACAAUUGAAUCCCAUACAACAACAUAUGAAGUUAUAAAGUGGAAGGAAAAUGCUGAAUCAAGAUGGACAACUGAAACAAGACGGGGAGUUGAAACAGUAACCGAAGCAUAUGGCUGGGAUUAUGAUCCAUCUGGUGGUUGGAGGUAA